AACAAAUAGAAAUCAAAUUUACUCUCUUUUGUUGUGAAGCUGUUGUCUGCCGCAUCCCCAAUUGUAAAAUUUUCUAUUCACACCAUCCCUUCCAUCCUUCCUCCUAUAAAUCCAAAAUCCCAUUCCCUCGCUUUCUCCCUCUAAGUUAAAUCACUUUCUCGCGUGUCAAACAAAACAACCACUUCUUUCAUCUCUCACUUUCACUCUCGUUCUAGUAGUCUCUGCAUGCAGGUAGAGACACCCAGUCAUGGCGGCCAGUUCCAGAGGAAUCAUCGCAGCAGCAGAGCUACAGGUUUCUAGGAGGUGGAAAGAGCGAGAGACUAGUCCAGAGAGGAACAGAGUCUGGACAGAACCAAAAAGAAGGACCAGCACUGAGAGGAAAGUCCCUGUUGUUUAUUCUCUCUGCAGGAAUGGGCAGCUCGAGCAACCUCACUUCAUGGAGGUCCCUCUGACCUCUAACGAAGGACUCUAUCUCAGAGACGUGAUGAACCGUUUAAAUCAAUUUCGAGGAAAGGGAAUGGCUAGCCUCUACUCCUGGUCUUCUAAACGGAGCUACCAUAACGGAUUCGUGUGGCACGAUUUAGCAGACAACGAUUUCAUUUAUCCAACUCAAGGAAACGAGUACGUUCUCAAAGGAUCGGAGAUUAUAGAGUUCGACGCUGCUUCCAUAAACUCUAAGCCCCUCCAUGCGACGUCGUUCCGAGCCCCUAAACUGCCUGAUAUAGAGAAAUCAGGUGAAGAAUCAGAUUUUCCGGUGAUCACGAGGAGAAGGAACCAGUCUUGGAGUUCCAUCGAUCUUAACGAAUAUAAGGUUUACAAAACCGAGUCAACCUCCGAGUCGACUAGAAAACUCGCCGCUGAUGCGUCUACUCAGACAGAUGAUAGGAGAAGGCGGAGAAAACCAGUCAAAGAAGAAGAAAUACAGGAAUCUCAAGAAGAGAAGAAUCAGGAAUCGAACCAGAGUACGGAGCUUGGUAGGGAAGAGAUAUCACCUCCACUGUCUGAUUCUAGUCCGGAAACUUUGGAAUCAUUGAUGAAGGCUGAUGGGCGGCUGAUACUGAGUUCUGGUGAAGAAGCUACUAUAAAUCGGACAUCCGAGAGUUGCCCGAGCGGGAGAAUGAAAGCAACCACGGUCUUGAUGCAGUUGAUUUCUUGCGGCUCGAUGUCGUUCAAGGACUGUGGAUCUACGUCGGCCAAGGAUCAAGGGUUCUCAUUGGUUGGGCACUACAAGGUGAAGUUGCCUCGAGGAGGAGGAAAUCAGGUUGGGACUUCGACAGAAAUAUGCAAUUUUACGGGGUUUAAAUCGGAAGACAAGGAGUAUUUUAGUGGAAGCCUGGUUGAAACCACGAAAGAGGAGAUUCCAGGUCUGAAGAGAUCCAAUUCUUACAAUGCAGAUCGGACCUCUCAAUUGCAUAAGGCAGAGAAGGGGAUGGAUGUAGUACGUGCCAAAUGCAUACCAGGGAAGCCUAAGACUCAUCCAUCCAAGAGUGAAAGCAACAUCGAUGUUCAUGGUGGGGAUAGUGGCAGUACUAGUCAACGAUGGAGCAAAAGACUCGACGUCCAACAAGUUGGGUGAAAUAUGAAUGAAAUCCAAGGUACAUAGAGCCCGCAUUAUGAGAAUGAAAAAGCUACGAGAGAGUAUGGAUUUGGGAGUCCCCAUAACGUUACUUCUUUUUGUUGAAGCAUGUGAAAUUGUCAACCUUUGGUGCCUUUCAGUGCUUGUGGGAGUUAAAUAUGCCUUAAUUCCGGUGAGGUUUUGACUUGGAAACAUGGGAUAUGUAUAACGUUGUCCUAGACACCAAUAGUUUUAGAUAAAGAAUAUAUGCAAUAACUCAAGAACAAAUCGCUUCGUAGACUAGACAUCCACAACUCAGAAGCUAUUAGUCGGGCCCAAGUACAUGUGGGCCAGGGCUGCUAUGUAUUGUUAAUUUGUUAUCUUGGAAAAGUGUUUUAACCCUUAUUCAAGCCUAAAAAGGAUUGGGCUUAUCGGGGUGGCAAUAUGAUAUGGGCUAUUCUAA